AUGCAGAAGAGCGUGCGCUACAACGAGGGGCACGCCCUGUACCUGGCCCUGCUGGCCCGCAAGGAGGGCACCAAGCGCGGCUACCUGAGCAAGAAGACGGCGGAGACCAGCCGCUGGCACGAGAAGUGGUUCGCGCUCUACCAGAACGUGCUCUUCUACUUCGAGAGCGAGCAGAGCGCCCGGCCCGCCGGCAUGUACAUGCUGGAGGGCUGCAACUGCGAGCGGGCGCCGGCCCCCAAGGGCGCCUCCGCCUGCAGCGCCAAGGACACCGCGCUAGACAAGCAGUACUUCUUUACUGUUGUCUUUGGCCACGAAGGGCAGAAGCCACUGGAGCUCCGUUGUGAGGAAGAAAGUGAUGGAGAUGAAUGGGUAGAAGCUAUCCACCAAGCUAGUUACUCAGACAUUCUGAUUGAGAGAGAGGUCUUAAUGCAGAAGUACAUUCAUCUAGUUCAAAUUGUAGAGACAGAAAAGAUUGCAGCCAAUCAGCUUCGACAUCAACUUGAAGAUCAAGACACGGAAAUUGAAAGACUAAAAUCUGAGAUUGUAGCUCUCAAUAAAACUAAGGAACGAAUGCGACCUUAUCAAGGCAACCAGGAAGAUGAGGAUCCAGAUAUAAAAAAAAUUAAAAAGGUUCAGAGCUUUAUGCGAGGCUGGUUGUGCAGAAGAAAAUGGAAGACAAUUGUCCAAGAUUAUAUUUGUUCUCCACAUGCAGAAAGCAUGAGAAAGAGAAACCAGAUAGUUUUUAACAUGGUCGAGGCUGAAUCUGAAUAUGUGCACCAUCUUUACGUUCUUGUAAACUGUUUUCUCAGGCCCUUAAGAAUGGCUGCAAGUUCAAAGAAACCACCUAUUAGUCACGAUGAUGUUAGUAGCAUUUUCCUCAACAGUGAAACUAUAAUGUUUCUUCAUGAAAUAUUUCAUCAAGGAUUAAAAGCAAGAAUAGCUAAUUGGCCUACUUUAAUUUUAGCUGACUUAUUUGAUAUUUUGCUGCCAAUGCUGAACAUUUAUCAAGAAUUUGUUCGGAAUCAUCAGUACAGUCUACAAGUACUGGCAAACUGUAAGCAAAACAGAGAUUUUGACAAACUCUUGAAGCAAUAUGAAGCCAACCCAGCAUGUGAAGGGCGAAUGCUGGAAACAUUCCUUACUUACCCUAUGUUUCAGAUUCCUAGAUAUAUUAUAACUCUUCAUGAACUUCUGGCUCACACACCCCAUGAACACGUGGAAAGAAAGAGCCUUGAAUUUGCUAAAUCUAAACUAGAAGAACUUUCAAGGGUGAUGCAUGAUGAAGUGAGUGACACAGAAAAUAUCCGGAAAAAUUUAGCCAUAGAAAGAAUGAUAGUAGAAGGUUGUGAUAUAUUACUAGAUACCAGCCAAACUUUUAUACGUCAAGGUUCUCUUAUUCAAGUCCCUUCAGUUGAGAGGGGGAAACUUAGUAAAGUUCGCCUGGGAUCAUUGUCUUUGAAAAAAGAAGGAGAAAGACAAUGCUUCUUAUUUACAAAACACUUUUUAAUUUGUACAAGAAGUUCAGGAGGAAAACUGCAUCUGCUGAAGACAGGGGGUGUUCUCUCUUUAAUAGAGUGCACGCUGAUUGAGGAGCCAGAUGUGAGUGAUGAUGAUUCAAAAGGUUCUGGGCAAGUGUUUGGUCACCUUGAUUUCAAGAUUGUGGUUGAACCUACUGAUGCUCCUCCUUAUACUGUGGUACUGUUAGCUCCUUCGCGACAGGAAAAAGCUGCGUGGACAAGUGAUAUAAGUCAGUGUGUUGACAAUAUAAGAUGCAAUGGUUUAAUGACCAUAGUGUUUGAAGAAAACUCUAAAGUCACUGUGCCACAUAUGAUCAAAUCUGAUGCUCGUCUUCAUAGAGAUGACAUUGAUAUCUGCUUCAGCAAAACAUUAAAUUCCUGCAAAGUGCCCCAAAUUCGUUAUGCAAGUGUGGAACGCCUCUUGGAGAGAUUAACAGACUUGCGCUUUCUUAGUAUUGAUUUUCUUAAUACUUUCCUGCAUACUUACCGCAUAUUUACUACUGCAACCGUUGUACUGGAGAAACUCUCAGAUAUAUACAAAAGGCCUUUCACCUCCAUUCCAGUCAGGUCUUUGGAAUUGUUUUUUGCUACCAGUCAAAACAACAGAGGAGAACACCUGGCUGAUGGGAAGUCACCACAUCUUUGUCGCAAAUUCUCAUCUCCUCCUCCACUGUCACUCUCUAGAACUUCCUCACCUGUCAAAACCAGAAAACUCUCAUUGACUAAUUCACCACUGAACUCAAGAAUAGGGGCGUUAGAUCUCUCUACUUCCUCUGUUGCCAGCAGUCCUACCUCAACUUACAGCCCAGCCACAUCCCCACCACCCACUGCUAGCAAAGUACCACUGGACCUCAGCAAGGGCCCCUCCUCCCCCGAGCAAAGUCCUGGAUCCAUAGAAGAGAAUUUAGAGAAUCCUCGCAUUGAUCUGUGUAACAAGCUAAGAAGAAGCAUUAGAAGAGCAGUUCUAGAAUCUGUGUCAGUGGACAGGACAAUUCCUGAAAGCACCUCAACUGUCGAGACACCUGAGCUUUCCCCAUGUCGAUCCCCCUCAACUCCACGACAUCUCCGCUACCGUCAGCCAGGAGUACAGACUGCUGACAACAGCCACUGUUCUGUUUCUCCUGCUUCUGCAUUUGCUAUUGCUACAGCUGCAGCAGGGCAUGGGAGUCCACCAGGAUUUAACAACUCUGAACGAAUGUGUGACAAAGAGUUCAUAAUACGCAGAGCAGCCACUAAUCGUGUCCUGAAUGUCCUGCGUCACUGGGUCUCCAAACAUUCUCAGGAUUUUGAACUAAACAAUGAGAUGAAAAUGAAUGUUCUAAAUUUGCUGGAAGAAGUUUUGAGAGAUCCAGACCUUCUACCACAAGAAAGAAAAGCCACAGCAAACAUACUGAGGGCUCUUUCUCAGGAUGAUCAAGAUGAUACCCACUUAAAAAUAGAGGAUAUAAUUCAAAUGUCAGAAUGUCCAAAACCAGAGUGCUUUGAAACUUUGUCAGCCAUGGAGCUUGCAGAGCAAAUAACUCUCUUAGAUCACAUAGUUUUCAGAAGCAUACCCUAUGAAGAAUUUCUUGGGCAAGGCUGGAUGAAAUUGGAUAAAAAUGAAAGAACUCCAUACAUUAUGAAAACCAGCCAACAUUUUAAUGAUAUGAGUAACCUCGUUGCCUCGCAAAUUAUGAACUAUGCUGAUGUCGGUUCCCGUGCUAACUCAAUUGAGAAGUGGGUAGCAGUGGCGGAUAUUUGUCGAUGUUUGCACAACUACAAUGGUGUGUUAGAAAUUACAUCAGCCUUCAACAGAAGUGCAAUCUACAGACUGAAGAAAACCUGGGCUAAAGUUUCUAAACAGACAAAAGCUCUCAUGGACAAACUUCAGAAGACUGUGUCAUCUGAGGGAAGAUUUAAAAACCUUAGAGAAACACUCAAAAAUUGUAAUCCCCCUGCAGUUCCCUAUCUUGGAAUGUACUUGACAGAUCUAGCAUUUAUUGAAGAAGGAACACCAAACUUCACUGAGGAAGGCCUUGUCAAUUUUUCCAAAAUGAGAAUGAUAUCUCAUAUUAUCAGGGAGAUACGCCAGUUCCAGCAGACCUCCUAUCGUAUAGAACAUCAACAAAAGGUUACUCAUUACUUACUCGACAAGACCCUCAUCAUAGAUGAGGAUACUCUGUAUGAGUUAUCCCUAAAGAUUGAACCCAGACUCCCUGCCUGA